GCACAUUGACAAAUACACUCACAUGCAGGAGGGCGUUCUACUGCCGCAUUCAAGUGCUAGUCGGAAUUAGGAAACUCUGACAUUUCUGACUUGCUAACUGGUUGAAGGCGGCACGUGAAUAAAUACAACCAGUUAGCAAGUCGGAAAUGACAGUGUCCUAUUUCCGACUAGCAGAUGAACGCGGCAUACUCCCUGUGAUCCUUGUCAAUGAUUUAUGAUUUUAUGACUUGAUUGGGUUGAAACGUUCACUUCUCCACUUCAAGCAGUGCUCAGGACUCUGGGUAAGCUUUGGAAUCUGAAUAUUGUACCACUUAUGUAACUUUGUCUUAUCUAAUAAUGUCAUAAGAUGCUUUAGAUAGUUCAAUGUCCACUUGUCAAUACUUUGCCUAAUACAUCAGACUGUGAUACCUUUUUGGGAUUCGUAUGAGUCAAGUCAAUACUCCGCUGAUCUGCACAACAGGAAGCAGUUGUUAUUCCACUAAAGUCUUGCUAUAAUCUGAACUCCAAAGACAAGGCACUGCCACCAUGGCCCAGAAGCUGGUGAUCAUAGACACGGACGCAGGUAUAGAUGACGCCCAGGCCAUAAUGAUGUCCUUGGCCGCUCCAGGCCUGCAGAUCCUGGGGAUAACAUGCUGCUUUGGGAAUACUGAUGUGGACAACGUCUGUCAGAAUGUGCUGCGGGUGCUGUCUGUCUGUGAACGGACACAGAUCCCGGUGUUCCGGGGUGCUGCUGUUCCCCUGGUGGGAGCCACCAAGGCUUUCAGCCAUCACUUUGGGACGGACGGGCUGGGAGAUGUGCUGGAGGAUAGAGAUCCACAGUGGAAGGAGAAGCUCCAGAGAGAACAUGCUGUUAAUGCCAUGAUCAGACUGGUGGCUGACAACCCCAAACAGGUGUCCCUGGUGGCUCUUGGGCCGCUCACCAACCUGGCUCUAGUCAUCAGACUCGACCCUUCUUUCCCUCAGAACUUGAAGGAGCUCAUCAUUAUGGGAGGCAACAUGGAGGGUAAGGGGAAUGUAUCGUUAUGUGGAGAGUUUAACUUUGUGUUGGAUCCUGAAUCUGCCUUCAUCGUCCUGGAGGAAUACCUCUGUCCUACACACAUAGCAUCAUGGGAAUAUUGCUGUAGGAAUAAACUGUCAUGGGAAUUCUUUGAAGAACUGAUUAACGAAGACACGCCUGCUGGUCGCUUCAUGAAGAAGAUCACGUCCAAGUGUUGGGGUUAUUCCAAGGAGGCCAUGCUGAAUAAGAGGGAUGUGUACUUUGGGCCUGGCUUUGUCUCCUAUGAUGCUUAUGCAGUGGCAGCGUGUAUAGACAGCUCUGUGGUGACAGAGAGUAUAGUGUGCGCUGUCAGGGUGGAACUGCAGGGGGCGCUAUGCAGGGGGAUGAUGGCUCUGGAUCCGAGUAACAGACUGAAGAAAAACCACUGUGUUUCUGUCAUGAAGACCUGUGAUCUGACCAAGUUCAGCCAGUUACUCGUGGCUUCCCUUAGACAACCCUGCAGGAAGUAGUGUAGAUGUCGGCCAUGCGUUGUAGAUCACCUGCUGGGUGUUGACAAAAGGUGGCGAUGGUGAGGGGAAAUAUAGCAGCAAUGAACGGGGUUCACAUGAUGACAGAAAGGAGACCAGAUCAGUUGGAUAACAACGCAAGCACUCUAUCAUGUAGGAAGUACAGGUUACUGCCAAAAUAAUGGCAGCAUGAGUAAAUGAGGGAUACAAAGUAUAUUGAAAGCAUGUGCUUCCACACAG